AUGUCCGAGAAGUUUGACACCGUGGACACUGUCCAGGCUCACGAUGACACCUACGACAAGAAGGAGGUCGAGACCAAGGUCAUCAAGGGUAACGAGGCCUUCAGCGAGGCCAUGAUCAAGGAGCCUCCCCGUGCUUGGUCCAGCGCCAUGAUUCUCGUCUACUGCUUCUCCGUCGUCGGUUUCUUCUGCUCGACCAUGAACGGAUACGACGGCUCCCUCAUCAACAACCUGCUCCAGAACCCCGCCUUCCGUGAGAAGUACGGUGUCGAGUUCACUGGUAUCUGGACUGGUAUCGUCUCCUCCAUGUACCAGAUCGGUGGUGUCGUCGCCAUUCCUUUCGUCGGACCCGCCAUUGAUACCUGGGGCCGCCGCUACGGUAUGCUCAUCGGAUCCGUUAUCAUCAUCGUCGGUACCAUCAUCCAGGGUCUCUCCCACGGAUCCAGCCAGUUCAUGGGCGGCCGUUUCCUCCUCGGUUUCGGUGUCUCCAUCGUCGCCUCCGCCGGUCCCAUGUACGUUGUUGAGAUCAACCACCCCGCUUUCCGUGGUGUUGUCGGUGCCAUGUACAACACUCUCUGGUUCUCCGGUGCCAUUCUCGCCUCCGGUGCCGCUCGCGGCGCUCUCGAGCACAUCAAGGGCGAUGCCUCUUGGCGCCUGAUCACCUGGCUCCAGUGCCUCUUCUCCGGCCUCAUCUGCAUUUUCGUCUGGUUCAUCCCCGAGUCGCCCCGUUGGCUGUACGUCAACAACAAGCAGCAGGCCGCCCGCGACAUGAUCACUAAGUACCACGGUGAGGGCAACCCCGACUCCGCUUGGGUUACUCUCCAGAUGAACGAGUACGAGGAGCUCCUUGACAUGAACGGUUCCGACAAGCGCUGGUGGGACUACAGCGCGCUGUUCCGCAACGGCGCUUCCCGCUACCGUCUCUUCUGCAACGUCGCCCUGUCCUGCUUCGGUCAGUGGGCCGGCAACGCUGUCCUGUCGUACUUCCUCGGCGCCGUCCUCGUCACCGCUGGCUACUCCAGCGCCAUCGCCCAGGCCAACAUCACCCUCAUCAACACCUGCCAGCAGUUCCUCUGCGCCAUUGCCGGUGCCACUCUGGUCGACAGGGUCGGCCGUCGCCCUCUCCUGCUCUUCUCCUUCUCGUCUGUUACCGUCAUCUGGGCUGGCAUGACCAUCGCCUCUUCCAUCGUUGCCAAGUCUCAGACCGGUGUCGACGAGAACGGCACUCCCAUCUACAACGACCCUGCUGCCUCCAAGGCUUGCCUGGCCAUGAUCUUCCUCUUCGGCUCCUUCUACUCCGUUGGUAUCACACCCCUUCAGGCUCUGUACCCCGUCGAGGUCCUCUCCUUCGAGAUGCGCGCCAAGGGCAUGGCCUUCUCCAACUUGGCUGUCAACGCCGCCGGUCUCCUCAACCAGUUCGCUUGGCCCGUCUCCAUGGAGACCCUUGCCUGGAAGACCUACAUCAUCUUCACCAUCUGGGAUGUUGCUCAGACUGUCAUCAUUUACUUCUACCUGCCUGAGACCAAGGGCCGCACUCUCGAGGAACUCGACGAGGUGUUCGCCGCCAAGAACCCGGUCAAGCACUCUCUCCAGAAGAAGGAGAUUGCCGUCGACGCCCAUGGCGACGUCGUCAACGUCCAGAACGUUUAA